GUUACUUUGAGCCUGAUAACCUCUAAUCAGCUAGAUGAAUGAAUGACCAGCUUGCCCUUCUUUUAAAGGGCGGUUCAGUGUCUCCCCUCGGACAGACCAAUAAAACAACUUGCUGCUUGCAGCUCCCUCGGUUACAUAACCAUACUGAGUGCAAGCCCACGGACAGUCAGUCGGCGUCGGUUCAACCCUUAUUCAUCGUUUUACCUUUUAAGAAUGGCAGCUCCGAAGAAAGUCUGCAUCAUUGGCUCUGGAAAUUGGGGUUCUGCAAUUGCCAAGAUAGUGGGUGCCAAUGCUGCUCAGAAUUCAAAUUUUGACACCACCGUAAAAAUGUGGGUGUUUGAGGAGACGGUCAAUGGGCGUAAACUGACUGAAAUUAUCAACACUGACCAUGAAAAUGUUAAGUACCUCCCUGGUCACAAGCUGCCAGCAAAUGUGCUAGCCAUCCCAGACCUGGUGGAGGCAUCCGGUGACGCAGACAUUUUGGUGUUUGUGAUCCCUCACCAGUUUGUUGGGAAAGUAUGUGACACCAUAAAGGGCAAGAUAAAGACUGAUGCACUGGGGAUAUCCCUCAUCAAGGGCGUAGACGAGGGACCUGAUGGACUUAAACUCAUCUCUGACGUGAUCCAGGAGAAGCUCGAUAUCGCCAUGAGUGUACUGAUGGGGGCCAACAUUGCCAAUGAGGUUGCUGAUGAGAAGUUUUGUGAGACCACCAUUGGGUGUAAGAAUAAAAACCACGGGGCUCUCCUGAAGGAACUCAUGCAGACCAACAACUUCCGAGUCACUGUGGUAGAGGAGAGUGAUGUGGUGGAAAUCUGUGGAGCCCUGAAGAACAUUGUCGCGGUUGGAGCAGGUUUCUGUGACGGUCUGGGCUUCGGAGACAACACAAAGGCAGCAGUGAUCCGGUUGGGCCUGAUGGAGAUGAUUGCCUUCGCCCGUAUUUUCUGCACUGCUGGUCCCGUGUCCUCUGCAACCUUCCUAGAGAGCUGCGGCGUGGCCGACCUCAUCACAACCUGCUACGGCGGCCGCAACCGCAAAGUAGCUGAAGCCUUUGUGAAGACGGGGAAGUCCAUCGAGGAGCUGGAGAAAGAGAUGCUGAACGGUCAGAAGCUGCAGGGACCAGCAACAGCAGCUGAGGUCUAUCUCAUCCUUAAGCACAAAAACCUAAUUGACAAGUUCCCACUGUUCAAUGCAGUGUAUCAGAUCUGCUAUCAGGGCCAUCCAGUCACAGAGUUCAUAAGCUGUUUGCAGAACCACCCAGAGCACAUGUGAAAAACAACAAACUGACCAAGUGCCUUCUAAAUGGAAACCAUUACGAGUUCUCACCUGUUACCCAUCAGAAAUAGACGGGGGAUGAGCAGUCACUCCACAGCUGUCAUGUGACUAAAAGGCUCCAGCCAGUGAGCGCAAUCCAUGCUCACUCUUUGGAGAGGUUGCAUAACAUUUGUGCGUUCAGCUCUCGUUUUACCACUUUGUCCUUAACACUGGGUUCCUUUUAAGUGCUUUCUUUCAUUUCCUGACAUUUACAUGAAACUUGAAGGAUUAUUGUUGAAGGAUUUUCUUUCCCCAUGCAAUGGUCAGAUAGCUGUUUUUGCCUGUUUUUUUUUUUCUCUUCUUUCUUCAAAAUCUGAAUGCAUGCUGUCACUUUUCUAGACCAUAGCAGAACUGAAAACACUAAAGAAAUCCAGACUUUACUAGAUGUCAUAAUGAUCAUAAUUCAAAAUCAGUUUUUAAAAAUGUUUGACUCCUGUUUUAGUCAACCCUUGACUGCCAUUCAGUUAGUGACAUACAAUGUUUUUAAUGGCACUUCCAUCAUGCAUUCAGAUUUUGGCAGGGCCAACCACUCAGGGCAAAGAAACAGCUUUCUGUAGAGUGACUUAUGAAUAUCUAACAUCAUUACCGUCUAGUGAAUGCCUGUCCAACGUGAUAAGUUCUUUAACUAUACAUGUAAUACCUCAUUUAAUGAUUUGUGUGUGCUCUAAAGUGUCUUACAAAAUUCACUAUGGUUUUUCUUGUCCUGUACUGUAUAUUUACGCACAGCAACUGUUUUUAACAAAAAGUAAUGCAAGUGCCUUGGAAUGCACGGUUGCUAAGUCUGGCCAUUGUCUUUUAUUGUCAAAUCAAAGACUACUUAACAUCCGUCCACUGUUCCAUUUGUUGUUGUGACCCUGACCAACAUUGUUUUCACUAAGUUAUGACUAAUGUGUUAAAUAAUGUCAACAUUUGACUGAAUAAACAUUCUGUUGUCAAAUCA